AUGCCAAAUACUCUAGAUGACACAUUCGUAACUGAAGGCCCCUGGAAGCCUGACAUUUUCAAGGGCAAGGUCGCAUUUGUCACAGGGGGAGCCGGCACUAUUUGUCGUGUUCAGACAGAGGCUCUGCUUUUACUAGGCUGCAAAGCAGCAAUCGUGGGUCGUAACAAAGAAAAGACCGAGCUUGCCGCUAGAGAAAUGACACAGCUAACAGGAAGUCCAGAUUCGGUUUUGCCCGUUUCCGGAGUUGACGUUCGAGAAUUUGACCAACUAGAGCGCGCCGUAGCGGCCACAGUUGAGAAGUUUGGCAGAAUUGACUUUGUGAUCGCUGGGGCAGCUGGCAAUUUUAUUGCACCCUUCGCAGAUCUUUCGGCCAACGCUUUCAAAUCUGUGGUCUCAAUUGAUCUGUUGGGAAGUUUUAACACCGCCAAAGCUUGCCAUCCGCAAUUGAAAAUCAGUAAAGGUUCCAUCCUUUUCGUUUCCGCAACAUUCCAUUAUUACGGUGUGCCUUUCCAAUGCCAUGUCGGUGCCGCUAAAGCGGGAAUCGACGCUCUCUCUAACGCACUUGCAGUAGAGUUGGGAGUAUCUGGAAUAAGGAGCAAUUGUAUCGCCCCCGGUGCCAUCGAAGGCACGGAAGGUAUGGCAAGACUUUCCGGUUCUGCGAAUAAAGAAAAAAUGUGCUCCAAAAUCCCAUUGCAACGCCUAGGAACAACCAAAGACAUCGCUGAAACCACAGUGUUCUUGUUCUCGGAUGCGGCGAAAUAUGUAACAGGUACCGUGCAUAUUGUUGAUGGUGGCAUGUGGCAUCUUGGGACUCAUUUUGGUCGCGAAAUGUAUCCUCAAAAUUUACUGUCUGAGGAAAAUGCUAAAUUAUAA